GCCUUAACAGAGAUGUUAACGUUAUAGCUAUGGAUACUACUAGGGGAGUUCAUUAAACAAGACAUGCACCCCAAGAUAACCUGCUCGUAACACAAUAGUGAACACUGGGCACUUAGAAAUGUAGGCUAUGUGUCCUCAGCUUUAGACACACAACAGCAAAGACCGGAGUGCUUUGUGAAGAAAAUGCUGGCAGUGACCUGGGACACAGAGGAGUCCUCGUUGGAAGAUGAUCUACAGGACCAUCUCUGUAUUUCUUGGAGUGGAACAAGUAGGAAGACUCCAGUUCUACUGUUCUAUGCUGAGGCCCUUGUGAUCAAAGAUGGCAGCCUUCGUAGUAUUGGUGAGCGGUUUAACUUGGCCUUCAAGAUUGUACGUACAGAAAGUCGACUGGUGCGUGGAAUACUCACCAACCACGGAUUCCAUGAGGUCCAUCCCAACAGUAAUGACUUCAACGUCAUGUGGACAGGCUCGCACCUGAAGCCUUACUUGCUCCGUGGUCUCCAGGCCUUUCAGAAGGUCAACCAUUUUCCAAGGUCAUACGAGUUGACACGAAAGGACCGGCUAUACAAAAACAUUCACCGUAUGCAGCAAGCACAUGGAUACAACAACUUCCACUUUAUUCCCCAGACGUUCAUGCUCCCAUCAGAGUACCAGGAGUUCUGCAACUCCUUCGCUAAGGACAAGGGGCCUUGGAUUAUCAAGCCUGUAGCCUCCUCCCGGGGGAGGGGCAUUUACUUGGUUAGCAAUCCCAACCAGAUCUCAUUGGAUGAAAACAUUCUGGUGUCCCGUUACAUCAACAACCCACUGCUCAUUGAUGACUUCAAGUUUGAUGUGCGGCUGUAUGUGCUCGUCACUUCCUAUGACCCCGUCAUCAUCUAUCUCUAUGAAGAAGGACUUGCCAGGUUUGCCACUGUGAAGUAUGAAGAGAACACAAAGAACAUCAAGAAUCAGUUCAUGCACCUUACUAAUUACAGUGUCAACAAGAAGAGCAGUGAUUAUGUCAGCUGUGAUGACGCUGAAGUGGAGGACUAUGGCAACAAGUGGAGCAUGAGUGCCAUGCUGCGGUAUCUGAGACAGCAGGGGAUGGACACCACAGUGCUGAUGGGGCAGAUCGAGGACCUGGUGAUCAAAGCUCUGCUCAGUGUGGAGCUGCAUGUGGCCUCUGCUUGCAAGAUGUUCCUUCCCUCCAGGACCAAUUGCUUUGAACUCUAUGGUUUCGAUGUCCUUAUUGAUUCCAACCUUAAACCUUGGCUCCUGGAAGUCAACCUGUCUCCUUCUCUGGCUUGCGAUUCUCCACUAGAUCUGAAGAUCAAGGCCAGUAUGAUUUCAGACAUGUUUUCCCUCAUUGGCAUUGUGUGUCAGGACCCUUUGCUGCGACAGACACACAUAGAUCGAGCAGGACAGGAGUCCAGUCUCAAAUGCCAGACCCAGAAAUCUCAGAGGCCUUAUUCUGCAAACGGCUCAGAGAAGGGGGGCACCAAGCGGGAGAGCCAUGGAGACAGCACUCUCAGCCUCACGUCUGAGGAGGCAAAGGUACUGAAGAGAACGCAGGAAGAGUAUGAAAGGAGAGGUGGAUUUAUACGGAUUUUUCCCACUUCAGACACUUGGGAACUCUACAGUGGUUAUCUGGAGCACAAGACAAGUAUGAACUCCAUGCUGGCCAACAGAUUGUUCCCUGGAAGAUAUGGAAAAGCAUCCAUGGCUUCAAGAUCACGUAGUAGAGGUAGUGCGGUGGCUUCGGCGGAUGGGGACGGCUGCCAGUCAGAUCACGUGCUGCUGUACGAGAGGAAGCUGCUCAGCCUGGAGGCCCGGUGCCUGAGGAGACACUCAGCCAAGAGGAGCCGACGGAGAGCUGGCAGGAGAUGCAGGGAGAACUCUUUUGUGAGCAGUGGAGAUGAGGAAGGCGAAGAGGCAGAAGAUCUAGCAUCCAUGGAGGGUGAUGAGACGAGGAGGCCCUCUACUCUAUGCUCCCACAAAUCCCAGGAUGAACAGAGGGAAACAGCCCUUGACACCCGCCUGUCAGGAGAUGCUUCAGCCGUCUACAAGCCACAUUUUAGUCUACUUUAUGUGCUUCAGCAAGGAUGGCACCUCAGUAAAGUGCAGGCUCGAAUGGCCUUUUCCUGUUAUCUCCAGCACGUGCAGAAAAGACUGCUAGCUGAGAGCAAAAUGAACUGUGGAUCACCUUUUCCAGAGAAAGACAAUGAUCAAAUGGAACUUAUCAUCCGCUUUUUGAAACGAGCCGCUAGCAAUCUUCAGGAAGACAUGAAGAUGGAUCUGCCCAGUACCCAGCUGCCGCAGCGGGACCGCUGCCGUAUCCUCUCCCACCAGCUGGGGGAGUUCAUACGCUGCUACAACAAGGAGACACACCACAUGGUUCAGAAGCAAGAGAAAAUCAACGAUGAAGACCGCUGCAUAGAUCCAAGUGUAUUCAAAGACUUUAUUAGAAAAGCCUGUGAAAAUGACUUGGAGGAAGUGUUAACCUUCUACACCCAGAAGAACAAGUCAGCAAAUGUGUUUUUGGGGACCAAAUGUCACCACUCUAAACCAGCACAUAGUAAGACCCUUUGUCCCGGCUCAAGAGAACCAGAGAGAGUUAACUCUGCAAAGUGGUCCAUGAUGUCUUCUGCUGUUGGCCAGGUCCAGGAUGUCCAAAUGGAUGCGGUCCAAAGGGAAAAUGCCUUUGAGAAUGGAAUUCUCCAGACAAACAGAGGCCUUCAAAGGGAUAUUGAAAUAAUUGAGGUUAAGCCUCACAACUUCACUAUCAGUGAAAUGCGAAGUGAUAUAUCAACAAGUGGAAUGAAAAAUGGGGAACUUUUAACAACCAAAUCCGGAGAUGUCAGAACUGCUAACUCACACAUGAGAACUGCAGAAGUUAUUGAACCAGAUGCUUCAGUAGCCAGCAAUGCACAACACAGAAUCCUGGUAUCUUCAAACACAGCUGCCUUAAACUGUGACGUGAACAAUAGCUCUUCUCUACCUCAGGCCCAAAGUGAUUCUCACUCUCAUCACACAACCUAUUCUAAACCUCAACCACAUCCCACCAAUUAUGCUGAAAAUGGUCAUUACAGACCUAUUUCUUCCAUGCACAACAGUGGCCGUGCACAGGCCAUGAGCUCCAACUCUGAGUCGGCACCUGCCGCUGGUUCACUGCGGGCAGUGCAGUCCUCUACCACUUUUGACUCCACCAUGACACCAUUGUCAUUGUCCACCCCCAGCUCUUUACCUUUUUAUCAUAAGAUGACCGCAUAUCCCAGCUCCACAGUUUCAGGUAAUCUGACGACUGAUGGAAACUUUAGUGAGCUAUGGUGUUCCAGACUAGUAAUCUCUUUGAAAGAUGAUCUAGAAACUCUGUCAGAGAGAUCAAAGAGCCAUUUUAAAAAGCCUAACCCUGGCUCAGGCGGAGUUCUGAAAGAGCUGGAUUCUCUGUCGUCUCAACAUCACCAGCAAGCCAUCACAACAGCCUUGAAAAAUCUGGUUGAGAAGCAGGCGGCACAACAGCACUCAACCAACAGCCACAUCACUAUGAUGACACAAAACUUGACCAACCUGAGUCUUUCCAGUGGGGUUCUUAGGAAGAAUAGUUUGCACCUCAGCCAAAGUCUUCAGAACUGGCCAAAAAGCCUGUUCUCAGAAUCCAGCUUUUACAGUGCUUCAAGUCAUAAGGCCACACAGGAGUACUUGACCAAGUGGGACAGAGGUGCCCACCAACGGGGCAUGCAGCCUGCAGACAGCAACCAGGCUUCUGCUGGGAGCUACCAGCUUCACUUUGCCAUUCAGCAGCUGCAGCAGCAGAAGCAAAGGUCCAGUCAGCUGCUUUGUCAGAGUCGUAGCCGGCACCAGGCGAUUCUGGCUGCCCAUGCGGUUAACCGCUGGCCGGCUGAUGUGCACCCUCACCCAAAGACCUCACCUCUGCCGGCAGCACGCGCUGCAGUGGGCUACCCAGCGCGGCCAAACUCUGCCCUCUACAGCACCGACAGCUCCACCCAAGCAACUCCUGCUCACACUUCAAAACCUCCAGCCACCGCUCGCAAAAGGUCCAAUCGGUAACACCUCCAUCCAUUGUCCCAGCACGUCUGCCUGUGUACAGUCCUCUUCACCACUCAGGGAUCUAAGCCGAGGGGACAAGGACACGUCUGUUCCACAGGGAUUGCUGCUGAACUCCUACUGUCUCCACAUGGUAUUUCUGUCCUCUCCACAGGACCUAGAUAGUUUCAGUUGCUUGUCUCUGAACUUCCUCUGAUUUCAGAUUUCCUCUUUCCAGACAAGUGUUCACUGGUGUCGUAUAGGGAAUUGUCUGUUCUCAUGUAUGUUUUUAAAGAAACCAAGAGACCAAACCAAAAUCAAGUGGCACCUGUUUAUCUCAAACAAUGCAGGAGUGCAGUCAAGAUGCCCAGGGAGUAAGAAAUCCCUCCUCAGACAAUUGAAGGGGUUUUUGUGACAUUACUCCAUCCAACAUCAACAUUAGCUGUGUUUGCAAUUUCCCAACCCUUCCAAUCACAUGUCUAAGUCCAUUGGGAAAAAAAGUAGCAACAGUAGCAGCCAAUCACAAUGUGAAGAUUGUGUUGGAGUCAGCCAGCUAUUGUUCCAGCUUUUGUUUUUUUUUGUACUGUUGUACUUGUGUUAGGAUGUCCUGCACCUGUGGAAACACACGCACAGUUUCUUAUGAAAGAGAUAUGCCAAAACCAUGUACACAAAAAAAAAUAAACAGGGGCAUUUUUACAUCAG